AAUUAGACUAGGAAAAAAAGCAUUAUCAGACACGAACGAACGAACGAACAUAGGGUGAAGGAGAAGAAGAUCAUUCAAGAAUCAAGAUGGAAGAUGAAAACAGUUACGGUGGAAGUAGCGGUGGUUCAAACUUGGAGACAUCAAAGGCAGAGAGAUCAGUGUGGCUUAUGAAGUGUCCUGUUGCUGUUGCUAAAUCAUGGCAGAAUCACCCACCUUCUCAACCUCUUUCCAAAGUCGUUUUUUCUAUUGAUCCUCUUCUUCCUGAAGACGAUCCUGCUCAUCUUCAGUUUACAAUGGAGAUGUCUGGCACUGAAGCUGUGAAUAUGCCAAAAACGUAUUCUUUGAAUAUGUUUAAAGACUUCGUUCCUAUGUGCAUCUUCUCUGAGACAAGCGAAGGUGACAAGGUUGCAAUGGAAGGGAAAGUAGAGCAUAAGUUUGAUAUGAAGCCACGUCAUGAAAACAUGGAUGAUUAUGGAAAAUUGUGCCGGGAGAGGACAAAGAAAUCUAUGAUUAAAAAUCGUCAAGUACAGAUUAUUGCUGAUGACCGUGGAACGCACAUGAGGCCAAUGCCUGGAAUGGUUGGCUUAGUUUCAUCCAAUUUUAAGGAUAAGAAGAGGACACAGCCAGUCAAACAAACUGAUACAAAGAGAACAAGAAGAGAUCGGGGAGAGCUGGAGGAUAUAAUGUUCAAACUAUUCGAAAGACAGCCUAACUGGGCCUUGAAGCAACUUGUUCAAGAGACUGAUCAACCUGCGCAAUUCUUGAAAGAGAUCUUGAAUGAAUUGUGUGUCUACAAUAAAAGAGGCGCCAAUCAAGGAACUUAUGAGCUGAAACCUGAAUACAAGAAAUCUGUCGAAGAUGCAAACGCUGAAUAAGCGUUUUGUUUUUUCCUUGUAUUUCUAAGUUCUCACUGAAAAGAAGAUUGAGAAUUCAGUUUCUUUUUCUUUGUUGAGAUGUCAACGUGUUAAGUAAAGAGGUUGACACAUGAGCAAAACUUACAUGACAACAAAUAUCUACAAAUGUUUAACUUCACUGUGAAGAAUGUUUGGAUCUUGAAAUCUUUUUACCUAAAAUGCAAUUAUAUAAGUACAGGAAUUUUGAAUAUAUUGACUCCCAUA